UAAGCAUUCACAGCCAUCAAUGUUGAAAACCAUGUUGACCCAAAAGCAGAGGAGACUUCGAGUCCACCAGAGAUGGAGGCAUUCAACUUAGUACUCUCUCUGUCUCUCACUCUAUAUAUAGUAAGCAAGAAAUGAAUACAAGCCAAGCCAGAGAACCACCAAUUUCUUUCUCCUCCAAAAUAAAGAAAUGGAAGCAAAUAGAGUAGUGGGUAAUCAUGGUCAGCAUAAAUUAGCUGUUGUGCUUAUCGUAAUUCUGUCCAUGUCCAACAUGAUGAACACUAUUGGUGGUCAGACAAUAUGCAACAUUCCGAUCGCAGGGCUGAGGGCCUGCAAGCCGUCGGUGACGCCGCCGAGGCCUCCACCGCCGACGGCGGACUGCUGCAGGGCCAUCUCCCACGCCGAUAUGCGAUGCCUCUGCUCCUACAGGAAAUCCCCUCUGAUCCCUUCGCUUGGAAUCAGCGUUCCCCUUGCGGAGAAGCUCCCUGCCAAGUGCGGGCUCUCCACAGCUGCCAAAUGCUAGCUUGCGAGCUUGCUAGUUGCAUAUACCCUACAGCGGGGUGCCUAGCUAUUGCGUAUCUGUGUGUGUGUGGGCGUCUUCCAUGUGUUUGGGAUGUGAUUAAUAAAAUAAAGCCUUAAUUAAGCCCCAUUUCAUAUGUGUUUUUGUGACCAAGUGAUUAAUAAUAUUAAUGAAGCUGAGCUUCUUUUGUGUUCAAGAUCUCGAUUUUCUUCCUCCGUUUAGUGGUUCUGUAAUCACAUGAGCUAAAAUACAUGAUCGUUUAUCGCUCGUUGUUCAUAAUUCUUGUUGAUUCACCUGAGUUAUGAAGGUUUGAACACGUUAGGCAAUGACACUCAAUCACUCAUGUUCAGUAAGUUGGGUUGCCCUAAUUUGGGGUUCCCGUACCAGCUUCCUGGCUAUAAAGCAAUGCGAUAUUU